GAGGGGGCGGGGUAAUGGCUGGAGGCAUAUACCGGUAUUGAAUCUAUCUAAUGCUUAAUUAAUUGUAUUCCAUCGGCGCUCGCGGAGUAGUUGCAAACUGUUGGAAGAGAGUGAGAUGCUUGUGAUUUCGUCAGAUUGCGGCAGCCAUUGCGGCUCUGCGGGUAAGGGUCUGUGCAUACACCAUCCCACUUUAUCCAGACUCGCAAACCCCACUUAAGGAAGAUCUAUUAGAGAGUUUUCUGAACGAACGGAGUAAAGCUCCACUUCACUUGCUCAUAACCACCGCAGCUAUGAAUCGACGAAUGGUGAACCUUCUUUCUACUUUCCCACAGCAGUCUCUCAGAAAAAAUGGUAGUGACAGCUAAUUCGUUGGGAAGCUCUCUCGUGAGGAUGAAUCCACCACCGAAGUAACAGUAACCCGGGAGGACCAAGACCGCAUUAAUAAGUUCUCAACGCUGCAUCAGAAGCAGGGUCUUUUGAAAGACGAACUCGAGAAGAAGAGCGUAUUUUCCCCACACCCAGUUCUGAACUUUCCGCCUGGUGGGAUGGAGUUUCUUUUAUUUUUUUUAGCUGACCGAUCGAUUCCCCGGAGGAUAGCAAGAAAAGGAGUACAUCGAGGACGUCUCUAACGAACUAGAACUUGCGGAUGAGGAUGACUUAAUACCGUUUCUCACCCCCCCACCCCUUUAUCAACACCAGCCAUCUUCGGGACUAACUCUGAUUGAUUAUGCUAGAUACAAAAUUGGCGACUCGUUCUUCCAUCUUCCACUCGAAGAGGCUAUGCAUUUGCUCGAAGCGAGCAAGGAAGAGGUUGGAAAGGAGGUUGAGGAGAUCGCGGAGAAGAUGGAAGCCAAUGAGGGAGUUAUGAACAGUCUUAAGGUUGAUCUUUAUGCGAAGUUUGGCAAGGCUAUUAAUCUUGAGGUUUAGAUCGGGACGGGGGAAUAGGGGAGAGAGGUAGUGUUGGUGAUGUAUCCUAAAGGACUGCUACGAUGACAAUGAAGUCUUGGAUGGCUAUCGGAGUGGGGGAGUGGGAUGUGAUGCGAUGCCAAAAUUGUUACGUUGUGAUGUUUUAGAGAUAGAUGGAUGGACAAUGCUGAAUUCAUUAAAUUUUGUGGGUUCUUUAUCCUUCUCAGGAUCCACUGAUAUAGUUGAUGUGGAAACAUUAAGUGUGCUAAUUCGGCACCAAUAGUUGUCACCGAAUACCAGAAUUCUAGCCUUCCUUCAUUGACAGGACCUGGUGUGAACAAAUCCAUCCCCCUGCUUACAAUCGCUUGCUCUUUUUCGCCCCAGCUUGUCCACCGCAUAAACUUAGUUUGCACCUUCCGUUCGAGCAUCAACCUCCUCGUCCGUCCACGGCCAACCCCCACUCCGAAUCACCAGAUCUAGAUGUUCUUCUGUUUUCUACCCAUUAUUCCUCCGUCGGCGGGUCAAUCGGAGGGAAUGAUCCGCUCGGAGGGAUGCGGGAGUUUCCACAUUCGGCUU